CCCUCUCUUCUUGCUGCUUGGACCAAAGCCUCGGCGAUGCUCUGCUUUCCCGCUCCGCCGUACACAGUCCUCGGUGAAGCGGAGAUGGCGCUCCUGUAGGAUGGGAUUCUUUUUCGCGGCUUUCCACACGGCGUCUCGAUAACAACCAUAUAGCGUACAAUUCGAAUUUGCCAAAAAAAAAAAAACAUCGGAGUUAAAACCAUGACUUUGAUAAAAAGUUUGCAGGCAAAGAAUGGAUUGGAAGUUCAAGUGGUAUUCAUAUGAGGGAAUGGCUGCUGCAGAUGGAGGGUGUGCACUUCUAUUUUUUUUUAUGUGAGCCAGUAUCUGUGCAUGUAUUGUCUGAAGCCUCAUUUACCUGACACUUCCUAAAGAGGACAUAGUAUAUAAAUAUCGUCCAGUAAAGUUGUGGUGUGGAGCUACAAAAAGGCCACCCACAGUCUCCCCAUUGUUCACCGGCGGUGCAGUUGGUCUGACCCUCCAGCUGCUUAGACAUGGCCCCCAAGAAAGCCAAGAAGAGGGCAGCAGAGGGAGCAAACUCCAACGUCUUCUCCAUGUUUGAGCAGGCGCAGAUCCAGGAGUUCAAAGAGGCCUUUACCAUCAUGGACCAGAACAGGGACGGCUUCAUUGACAAGAACGAUCUGAGGGACACUUUUGCUGCUCUGGGGCGUCUGAACGUGAAGCAGGAAGAGAUCGAUGACAUGCUCAAAGAGGCUCCCGGCCCCGUCAACUUCACCGUCUUCCUCACCAUGUUUGGAGAAAAGCUUAAAGGUGCUGACCCAGAGGAAACCAUCCUGAAUGCGUUUAAAGUCUUUGACCCUGAAGGGAAAGGAGUGCUGAGGAAGGAUUACGUGACACAGAUGUUGACGACACAAGCCGACCGAUUCUCUGCUGAAGAGAUGGAGCAGAUGUUUACCGCCUUCCCCCCUGAUGUGUCGGGAAACCUGGACUACAAGAAUCUGGUUCACAUCAUCACUCAUGGAGAGGAGAAGGAUCAGGAGUAAACUUUCUUUUGCUUUUGUCAAAUAAAUAAAAAUCUUUAAGAGUGACUCGAGGCCUGUAAGGGAGACAGGAACUUUGGAUUUGAAUCUGGAAAUUGCUUUUUUUUUCCAAACAGGGACCUUGACUUUUUUGAAAGUACUAAAAGUCACAAUUCUCUUAACUCACAUACAUCAAUUUAUCCCCUUUAUUUUGUUGCUUUCACCUAUUAGGGAAAAGAAAGUCAGUUCAACAGAAGCAAAAACUGUCAAAAUAUCCCAUUUAUAUACCAACUGUUACAUAACUAUGUCAAUUUACUAAGUACUUUCUGAUUUAGAUGCAAAAAUAUUAGAGUUUUAAUGUUUAUGUAGAUGUAGUUUUUUGGAGAAAAUAAUAAAAUCCCAACAGAUGAGUUUCUUUGUGUCAAACUUUGAAUUGUAAGCAUGUCGGUGUGAGCUUUGCUUUGACAGAAACACAAAAUAAACUGAAUUCUCACGAG